AUGGGAAUGAUUAGAUGUCAUUUACGACAUAUUCAACGAAUCGGUGCCAGAAAUAUAAGACUGGGAUCUGAAGAGUCGAUUGAAUCCAAUGGCAAACACAAAAGUAGUGAUGAAUUGUUUGGUUUUUGGUUUGCAUUUUAUAACACCAACGAAGAGCUUCUCUACGAAAGCGAAACCAUUUUCAAUACAAGUCCCGAUUGGAAAGGUCUCGAGAGCUGCUCUUUGAGACAUUCAACUAUCAGUGAACUAACAAUUAGGCUCUACUCCUGUCAUACGAUGAACAACACAAGCAUUAGAGAUGACAUGUCUGUCCAAUGUAUGUCUAGUGAACUACUAAUUGAAUGGAGAGUCCAUUUGAAUGGUUUGGUAUUUAUCGGCGAACAAAUACCUAAAGAUAAGAGAUUUAAAAGCAAUACAAUUAUUUUGGGUCUAAUGGAAGGCUUCUAUACCAGUGUUGACUCUAUAGCCAGCGAUGAGUUACUCAAUCAGUUAUGUCUUCGUCGGCAAACCAUCACUGUUUCGGACGCAACAGUUUUGAGGCACUCUUAUUGUCUGAAUGUGUUAUACAGAAUAGAAAUGAUGCAAAGAGUUAUCACUCAAACACUUGAUCUAAUGACAAACAGACGCAACAAAUUGGAGCAAUUAUUGGCACAAAUGCUCGAUAAAAGUGAACUCAAAUCUAAAGUAGAGUUAAUGGAAGUGAAAGUGAAGAAUCUGGAGAAAGAGCUGGUUUUGUCGAAACACAAACUCAACACUUGUCGAGUAACUAAAGCUAAGAAUGAGAGUGAGAUUUGCGAGAAAGGGAUCGAUAUGUUGAACAAAAUCCAGGAUCUGAAGCAACAAAAGGAGAAAAUGUUUGUCAAGAAAGAAAAGUUAGAUCAGACCAAAGACAAGGCCAUCAAAUGCAGGACUCAACUCACUAAUAGACGCCACCAAUUAAUGCAUGAUAUUUGCAAUAUAUAUCCUUUGGUGCCAUUUCCUGAUGGAAACGGAGGUUUCUCUAUAUGUGGCGUACAUUUACCCGAUUCUGAGCACUUUGAUGGACACGACGACACUAUGAUAUCCAUAGCCAUUGGAUACGUAACACACAUUUUAGUCAUGAUUUCGAGACUAUUAGACGUAACCCUCAGAUAUAAUAUGAUAUAUUUUGGGUCGCGUUCUUCAAUUGUGGACCAUUUAAACGAUAAAAUUAGUGAAAACGACCGCAUCUUUGCAUUGCAUUCCAAGAGUGGAAAAGAUAGGCUUCACUUCAAAUAUGGAGUCUUCCUUAUGAAUAAAAAUAUCGCUCAAUUGAGACACUAUUUAGGCCUUCAAACAAAGGAUUUAAGUGCAACGCUUCCCAAUCUCUAUACUUUAUUCAACGAGCGAUUAGUUUCUUUGAAUAUAGACUCAACAUUUGAAUCGCCAGUCAAUCGAUGCGAUGUUCCCAAUAGUGGCCCAAAUGGACACUCUGAUGACUACUUACGAAGAGAACUGGAAGUAAUGUUGAAUCAUAACCAUCUUCUAGAGGCCGGUCCUUCCAAAGCAAAUGCUAUACGUUUAAGAAAUCUGUCAAAUGUUUCAAAUAAAGCGAUUGCCAUUAAGAGCGAGAGCCGAAGCAUUAGUCGAUCUCUGGACAAAGGUUUAAAUGAAAUGGUAGCCAAUACGAGCUCUAAAACAACUACCGAUUCAUACCCUACCAUGAGAAUCAAAUGUCUUGCUGUCAGGGAUGUGAUGAACAAAUAA